CACAUGGAUUGAGAUCACUACUUUAGCAUAUCGUCGGGAUCUGAUAAAGUCAUUUGGUGACAGAAGCAGCCGAUUUUGUGAUAGGAGCAGACGUUUCGUUUGGACACCUGUUCGACACAAUCACAAGGAGCUGAUAGGAUAGUUUGAAAGUUAUCUGAAAUCCGAACUUUUCAUGAAAUUAUCUAGCAUUUUGUAUCUUUCGUUCACCGUAAGCUCCCAAAUUCAUCCGUUUUGGCUUUGUGCCCGGAUUGCUAACUUCGAGUCCUUCUGGGAAGAUCCUGCUACUUUUACACAAAAAGAAACCGGCUGCUAUUCUGAGGAAGAAAUAUUUAGAAGGUGUUCUAAGGAAGCAACAGCCUUAUAAUCAACAUUGACUGAGAAGCUAUUCUAAGGAAGUGGCAUUUACCAAUCAACUUUGAUUAAGAAGCUAUUCGAAGGAAGUAACAUCACUUACCGUCUUUGGGAAGCCGUUCAAAGGAAGUAACAUUUACCAACUUUGGGAUGCUAUUCUAUAGGAAGUAGUAUUUACUUUCUUUGAGAAGCAGUUUGAAGGAAGUGACAUUUGCCAACUUUGAGAAGGAAAUCGAAGGAAGAACAUUUACAAUCUUUGGCAAACAAUGCUGAAGAAGUUUCUCUAAAACUCAGUUCAGAAGCACUCUGCCAAAGUACGAUUGAAUUGGUCUAUGUGUAAUUGAUAUUUUACUUCACUACUUUGCCAGGAUGCCGAGGCCAGGAAGAAACACCUAUAGUGAUCAAAAACCACCUUACUCUUACAUAGCCCUUACCGCAAUGGCUAUACAAAGUUCAGGUGAAAAGAUGCUGCCCUUAAGUGACAUAUAUAAGUUCAUCAUGGACAGAUUCCCUUUCUACAGGGAUAACACGCAAAGAUGGCAAAAUUCUCUCCGGCAUAAUUUGUCAUUCAAUGACUGUUUUAUCAAGAUACCUCGUCGACCUGACCGACCAGGGAAAGGCAGCUACUGGGCCCUCCACCCUUGCUGCGGUGACAUGUUCGAAAACGGCAGUUUCUUACGUCGGAGGAAACGUUUCAAAAUUCAAAGCCGCCAAGGCCCAUCAAUGGCGGAUUCUCUGAAAUCAAGUAUGGAAUCAAACACUUAUAUCAGUCAGCACAGUUUAAGACAAAUCCAGAUCGGGAUAUCAGCUGCUAACAAAUUACAGCCAUUUUCACCACCUUCUCACAAACAACCCUUCACCAUUGAGAACAUUAUUGCCCCGGAUUAUAAAAGUACCAGUUCGCAAAUGCCGGUUAUUCCCACUGCUUUACCAGCAUUUGCAAGCCAGUUUAACCUGAUGCAUGGUGCUGGAAUGGCCCCUGCUUUGACUCCUCCCUACACUCCAAGUGACCUGACAGCAAUGUGCGCUUUAAAUGAUUUGCACAUCAUUCGAUCGAUGGGCGGUUUGACGGCACCCAUGCCCAUCAAACCUACCCCCUUGCCGCCACUGACACUGCCCUCACAGGCACAUCUACCAUCUGUAUCAUCUUCAACCACAGGACUCAGUUUGUCACCGCAUGGACCCCUUAAUCUCCGACCGCCGCCUCUGUCGUUGGGAACGAUUGCAUUUACGAGUACUUCGACUACACCGGUGACAGUUAUUUCAUAAGAACUUGACGCAAUGCGUAGAUUUCUCUGCCUAUGCUUUGUGCGUUAUAUGCGUUUCUACAGACUUCUUUAAAAAGACUUCUCAUUUAUUUGUUAGGAAAAACAAACAAGCAGCAGCUUCUUGUCCGCGCACACCAUUACUUUUUCUUACACUGGAGUUAAUACAAUUGGCAAGUAUCGUUUUAUAUCUCAUUGUGCUUACGUU